AUGGACGGCAAGCCCUUGCUGCAGGACCGGCCGCCGCCCUACAGCCCCUACGGGCCGGUGGGCAACUACCCAGCCCAUACCUACGGGGCCAUCCCGCCGGCGCCGCCCUACCCGUUCCCCGCCGCGGGGACCGGACCAGGAUACACAGCUCCUGCUGCUGCUUCACAGCCACAUAACUAUCCCAAUACUACGUAUACAAUAAUCCAGCAGCCCGCUUCCACCACAUCUGUCAUUGUUGUUGGUGGCUGCCCAGCUUGCAGAGUCGGCGUCCUGGAAGACACUUUUACCUGCCUUGGCAUUCUCUGCGCCAUCUUUUUUUUCCCCGUCGGGAUUAUCUUUUGCCUCGCCUUGAGACAACGAACGUGUCCUAACUGCGGGGCCACGUUUGGUUAAGGGAUCAGCCCCCCCCUCCC